AUGCCUUUCCUCAACGGCCAUCACAAAGAUGCUCAUCGGGGGCCACAUAUUUUGAAUGUCCUUGAGCAUCGCUAUGAUGCUAGGUUCUACGAGUCCAUCGCGGCCAUCAUGGCUCUUCGCAAAAUCUAUUUGCAGCACAGAUUCAUCUUCGUUCGCGGAGAGGAUAUGAGUGCCAUUCUGGAAGGUCUUGGGGCUAAAAAAGCCGACUUUACCUCUGUUCAGGAAAUCAGCGACCUCACAGGCCCGGACCCAACGCUCGACUACCGCUCGGUGACCUAUGGAAGAUACUGCAUUGACCCAGAGACGCGUAGCAUACGGCGGCUCGAGACACAGCCAUAUACCCUUACAGUGCAAGAAGACUACAAGCGGCACGACUCCGGGGUGCCGAGGAUGUUCGAUGAGACCCCGACUGAUAUGCAGGGCAACACUGUCGUGCAAGCCCUUAUGCUCUUCAAGGCGCUGAUCUUCCACGGCGUGCCCGUUUCUCCGCGUGACCGCCUCGACUACGCCUCCCCGGCCUGGAUCUGCACCAUGUUCAACGCGCGUACGCACACCUCCAAGAAGAACGGCAUCUUCGGCGAACCGGCGCUCGAAGGGGUUCACUCAGACGGGUCUGACCACACCAUGACCGUCUUCCUCGGCAGCACCAACAUGCGCCCCGAUAGCGCCGUUACAUUCAUGCACGACAAUGAGGAGGUGACAGGGAUCAAGACGGAGGAGACGAACCCGACGCUGAUCCGGGGCCGCGUGCAUCACCAGCACUUCCUUGACACGCUGAUGUUUGUGGACCACGACUUCAAACAUAGUGUCACGUCGGUCCACCAGCUGGACCCGUCGCAUCCUGCCACAAGGGAUAUGCUAGUUGUUUUCACGCGGCGGCCGAAGAUGGAGGGACACGUCUCAGGGUAUCAGGACACUAUGGAGUUGCAUAGCACGCAGCCACUGCAUUUGCCAAUGUGGAUGCCGUAA